GAACCAUGCUAUAGCAUUAGCGUACCGGUUGUUUACGAAGUCAGUAAUGUUGACUGUUCGCUGUUCGCGCAGCAUUAUUCCUGCGAGUGAAAAAUUUUAAGUACAUACGCUUACGUAUUACGGCGCUCAUAGUACGAGUAUUUUACCCGUUGUCAUAGCUCGGUACUUCUAUACUUAACUACUUGUUUCUCGUUUUCUAUUCGACGUUUCGUGCCGAUUUGUCGUUUGAUUCUCAUAACAGCAAUAAAAAGAAAUUGCUCGCUAUUCCGAUAUCGAUGACGAGAACGUAUUGUGUAAAAAAUCUGAAAUAAUCGUUUUUCUUCUUCUUGUGUUCGCGAGUGGGCGAAGCGCGUGUGUGGUGUUUUAUAUAAGCUUCGCGAUAAGUUGCGAUAUUGUGUUUGUUUACUUUGUUGAAAAAUUGAUCCUGCCGAAGCCGUAUUCACCUGUGAUAGUGAAAAACUACCUGCUUACUCCUUUACCUAGCUGUUUACUUGUCUCCCUGCAUUACCUAAAGCAGAAAAACUCAGGAGAAACGAAUUCCUGAAAUUGAUACAUUACAAUUGUAUACCCUUCAAUCAGUGCUCGUGAUAAACAAAUCACAGAUUGUGCGCGUGUGUUGCGUGUAGUGAGUGUUGUCGUGAAAUCAUCGCGAUCGAGUGCAUAGUUCAUUUGAGUCAUCCGCGAGAAUAUCUCCUUCGUUUGCCGGAUUAGUGUUUCGCUGAAUUGUGCUCGCAUCAGUGCCAAUGCAUGUGCCGGUUGCAUUUUUCAACUAGGAAUUAACCAGAACAGCAUCACCAUCUGAUAUUCAUCUUGCACUCUUGUGAUAGCUAUGCCAGUUUCAAUUUCAGCUAUAGCUAUCGUCUACAGUUGCUCAGUCGAAUUCGGACUCGUAUCGAAGAGAAAUGAAAACUUCAAUUCGUCUAUUGUUUCUUCUAUGUUUGCUUAAUUUGGCCACAAGUUUGCAAAUUUUUCCUAACACAGCCGAAGAAAAUCUCGAAAAAGGUGGCUCCUUGACGCUGAUCUGUUCGCACGAUGCACCGAUUCAAUGGUCUUAUCCAUCAGGCGAUUCGAACAAAACAGUUGCCGAAGGUAAAAAUGAAAACGGUACCUAUUUCAGCAAUCUAACAAUAAGUGACGCGCAUUUUUUCGAUACCGGUUACUUCAAUUGUCAGUCGAAAAACAACGCCAGUCAAACAGCCAAAAUUUACAUCUACAUUUUCGACGAGGAAAAUUUAAUAGCGUUGAACGAUUCGUUGAUAAUAGUGCACGCUAAAGUACAUCAGAGCGUUGUAAUACCUUGCAAACCCACCUCCCCCUCUGUGAACGUUACCUUAAAUACGGUCGAUGAAGAGAUGAAGUUGUCCAGCAUCAGUGAGCCAUAUAACAUUCACGAGGGUUUUUUUGUACAAAAUAUAUCCCGAAACUUCCAUAGAGGUUUCGAGUGUUGUCCACUUCUCCCUGGUGCCGCUUCCUAUAGUAGAUCCAUUUGCAGAGAUAUCACCGUUGAAAUCGACCCUGCUGACAGUGAAAUUUCAAACCCAUUCAUAGACGUUUCAAAUGCUUUCAACUUGGCAGAAGGAGAUAGCGCUACGUUGAACUGUUCCAUAACUAUUAGUACUGGCGACAAUAUCGGAUUAGAAUGGAAAUAUCCCACCGAAGAGGUCCAAAAGAAAGUCAUAUUGGAAGACAACAGUGUACACCCGGACAAAAACCAUCACAUUGUUUAUCGAGCUCUCACUAUUCCAAAUUUAACUAAAAGCGAUCAAGGACCAUAUACCUGCGAAGUACAAGGCUAUCCGAGCAAGAAUGAAACUCAUCUAUUACACAUCCAUGAUAAAAACGAAUCAUUCCUGAACAUCGCUACCCACGGAGAAUCUCGCGAAUUGAUUCGCAAAGCCGGAGAAGCGCAAAUCAAAUGGGUUGUCAAUGUGACAGCUUAUCCGAAAGCCGCCAUCACCUGGUUCGACCCGGAUGGUAAAGAAAUAAAAACCGAUCCAAAUGGCAAAUACGUAAUAACCAAUAAAGACCCGUUGACUACGCUAGAAAUGAAAAACAUCAACAUUGGGGAUUUCGGUGUCUACCAAUUGAGGGCAUUCAACUUUCAUCGUACCGAUUACGCCAAUUUUAGCUUGACCGUUGAAGACAAACCGUCGCUCGAACUAAGAAAUAACGUCGAAUUUUAUUCUCUUGGAAAAACGUAUCAGAUCGAAUGCGGUUUGACAGGAUAUCCUUUACCUAGAGUCACGUGGUCGGCGAAAGAUUGUAAUAAUUUCCCCACUUGCGAGGGCUCUGCUUUUCGAAACAUUUCGAUAAGUCAGUUUGAAGAAACGAAUUUGAGCUCGAAACCGUAUCAAAUGAAGUCGAUCUUAAAUUUUUACGCUGAUCGAAGCAAAGUUCUGCGAUGUGAAGCAAGCAAUUCCGAAGGAUCUGCGAAUGCGUCUUCAUUAUAUUUGGUCUCUGACUUCGAAAAUGGAUUUGCAAUAAAGACCGAAGAAAAAGAAAUCGUAGUCGGGGACGAUGUAGAAAUCUCGUGCGGAGCUUCCAAGUACACAUAUCAUAGCAAUGUUACGUGGUACAAAAAUGGAGUCGAUUUGGCUGCGAAACAUCUACCGGGAAUUAGAGCAAUAAAUUUCACUACAGAAUUUUCGCACGGUUCGACGCUAUUUAUUCCAAAUGUGCAAAAAAAUCACGGUGGUCAAUACAUUUGCCGAGCUACUCUGCUCAAUAAUACAGCAACUACUCGCGACGUAGAAAAAUUCAUCCCUGUGGAAGUUAAAAGUGUUUCAAUACCCAAUAUAACUGCUACCAAUUUCAACAAAAGUGAUUUGUGGGUCCAUACGAAUGACAGAAUGGAAAUGAAGAUUCAAGUCAAUGGCACUCCAGCUCCUACUGUCUUAUGGUACAAGGAUAAGAAACUGAUACAAGUGAAUAAAAACGAGUCGUCGCGGAUUGUGUUGAAAGAUAGAAAUCAAACCUUAGUCAUAAAAUACGCAGCGCUUACCGACGAAGGAGAGUAUUUGUGCGUAGCGAGCAAUAAAGGCGGAAAUGCUUCAGCUAAGGUGAUGCUGUGGUUGGCAGAUAAACCAGCUGAACACGAGCAUACGAUAUUCUUGGCGAGUUUUUGCAUCGUUAUAGUUUUCUUUUUAAUGUGCAUCGUGUGGUCGAUGAUAAGAGUACGAAAAGAAAAGAGCUUAAGAAAAGAAUUGAAAGAAACGGGGUUGUUGAAUUUCGAAGAAGGAGCUGUCCACAGUUUGAAUCCAGAGUUAGGCGUAGAAGAUCAAGCCGAUUUGUUACCGUAUGAUAAAAAAUGGGAAUUCCCCAGGGAGAAACUGAAAUUUGGAAAAUUACUCGGUUGUGGAGCCUUUGGAGAAGUGAGGAAAGCCGAAGCUGAUGGCAUAAUUGAUGAAAAUACUGUAACUACUGUGGCUGUAAAAACAGUGAAGCGUAAUGCCGAUUCUCUCUAUAUAAGGGCUUUAGCCUCGGAAUUAAAAAUAAUGAUCCACCUGGGACGACAUUUAAACGUUGUCAAUUUACUGGGCGCUUGUACCAAAGAUUUGAACAAAAGAGAACUAUGUGUCAUUGUCGAGUAUUGCAAAUUUGGUAAUUUACACGAUUUUCUUAUGAAGCAAAGAAAUAAUUUCAUCAACCAGAUAAACGAAAAUGGAGAAAUUGAUUUUUCAAUUACAAACAACAAUCGUAACUAUACUGUGAUGAAUGGUAGAUUAAAUAGUACCAGAAGUGACAGUUCUGUAGAAGAAACGCCUAUAGGAUCUGAUGGAUACUUGAUAAGUAAAGAUAACGAACCGGAUUGGCGUUCGAAUUACCGCGGUGAUUACCACAACACUACAGUUAAGCCAAUCAAGACUGCUGAUUUAAUUUGCUGGUCAUUCCAAAUAGCCAGAGGAAUGGAUUAUUUGGCCAGCCGAAAGGUAUUGCACGGUGACUUGGCCGCAAGAAACGUGUUAUUGGCGGAUGAUAAUAUUGUAAAAAUUUGUGAUUUUGGUUUAGCCAAGAGCAUGUACCAAAGUGAAAAUUAUCAGAGACAAAAGACUGCUUUACUACCUGUGAAAUGGAUGGCCGUUGAAUCAAUUAGAGACCGCGUGUUUUCAACGCAGUCAGAUGUCUGGUCAUUUGGUAUAACGAUGUGGGAAUUAUUUUCCUUAUCGAUUACACCUUAUCCAGGCAUAGAACAACUAGAUAAUCUUUAUAAUAAAUUGGAGUCUGGGUACAGGCUGGAGAAGCCUACAUUCGCAUCUAAAGAAAUAUAUGGUGUGAUGAAAGAUUGUUGGCAUUCUCGACCAACCCUGAGGCCAACAUUCACCGAACUUAGUGAGCGACUAGGAAUUAUGCUUGAAGAUGGCGUUCGAUCUCAUUAUACAAACCUGAACGAAGUGUAUAUAAAAAUGAACUCCGACUUGAGUGGUGAUGUGGACUAUUUGGCGAUGUUAAAUGCUCCACUAUACCAUAGUGGUUACGAAGAACCUCGAUAUGUAAAUGUUCCUUUAAGAGAGGUAUCGGAUCCAGAAGAUGAUGUUGAAAUGAAACCGAUGUUGAAAAAACCUGAUGAAAAGAUCGAAAACACGACGAAGCCGGUUUGCUUUUUUAAUCAAAGCUACAUUGAAGUAACAAAUGCCAGAAGACCGACAUAUGUUAACACACCAGCCAUAUCUUAGCGAAAUACAUAAAUCUAUACGUAUUCACUUUAAUCGCAUUUUUUGUGUUCAUGCCAGCUUUCAAUGUACGUAUUAUUGAACGUACUUAUUUUACUUUUUGUAAUAAGUAAUACCUACCUAAGUUACUAACGGGAAUUGAAUCGUCGUCGAUAAUUUUUUUGUAUUAUGGAUUUGCUUUCUCGCUUCGCCACUUUUUAAAAAGUACAUACCUAUGUUGUACGUAUUCGUACAGUAAUAAAAAUUAUGUAAUUCUUUUAAAUAGGUAGGCCUAUGUCGCUAGAAGAGUCGAUAGAAAACGAACUGUACACGAGAUCGUCUAUUACAACUUGUGUGUAAUGAUGCUGUUGAAUUGUUGAUAAAUGUGAAAUGUAAGGAAUACUAGCUUUCGAAAGUUGCAUCUGAGAUGUGACGUGAAUCAGAAUAUCGGGCUUUGUGACCGACGUUAUUGAAUUACUAAGUGCUGUUUACCAAGUGCAUACGAGUAUGGGUACGCUCAUUUUAUUUUUUUAAAAAGUAUGCUGAAAUAAAUAAAAUGUUGGAAUCCAUUUCUGAGAAGUGCGUGCUGAUUACAGGGAAUCUUACCUAAUUCAAGAUGUCGACUUGAAUUUGCGAAAAUUCAAUGCGCCUGUUUAGUUAAGAUAUGCGCCAAAUCAAAGCCGCAGUAAUCACUUUGUACUCAUACUCGUAUGUUAAUCAGCCCGUAACUAAUUACAUAAAUAAGUAUGCAUGUAUGUAUGUAUGUACAUAUGAUUGUUGAGUAUUAUCUAUCGUGUAGAACUGAAGUUACCGUUAAAAAUACCCGUUGUGUAUAAUAUUAUGGAUGUAUAUUUUUAUUAUAUGUACUAGUAAUACAGAACGUGUUGUAAAAAUGUCUGCAACUCCAAAGUUUGGAGACCCGAUGAUGUUGAAGAUCUGUCUUAUUAGCGCAAGGAGUCCAUUGUAUACCUAUGUCUACGCUUAAUUUGUUUGUUUUGUACAGUGCCAAUUGAAGAAAAAAAAACGUGUGUAUAAUAUUGUAUAAGUGCGUCCCUGUAAUAUUAACUUAUUCGAACAUUGUACUUUUUUUUACUUUUUGUUGAAAUGUGUCAUGUGAAAUAAUUGAAUAAAGAAUAAUGAAAUUUUUA